GCCUGCGGCUCGUGUCGGUUUUGUUUCAAUUUUUGCCUCUCCCCCUCUCUCUCUCUCUCUCUCUCUCGAUUCUCACUCUCUCUUGCUCGCUGCGCGCUUGUCUGCUCCAUUUCCAGCUCCCCCUCAAGAUCAUCACUUGCCCUCUCCCUCUGAUCUCCCCCCAUUCUGGGUUCGAUUCGGUUCUAGCUCCUUCUUGUCUUCUUGGGUUCAGCAGAUCUCGCUGCAAGAUCGGUUCUUGGUCCCCGAUCCCGACGUCCGACGCUCGGGGGUCGUCUUGUUUGCCCGUUAUUUAGGGUUCUUGGUGCUUCGCCGGCCUCGGGGAGCUGCUAGAUCUCGCUGGGUGCCGACGCAAAUGCCGGAUCCGGGUGAAAAGUUGCAGGGAUCGACGGAUUGUUCCGACGGAGCAUCGGCGGCGGAGGGGAAGAAGACCUGCGCCGACUGCGGGACCUCCAAGACGCCGCUCUGGCGCGGCGGCCCGGCUGGCCCUAAGUCUCUGUGCAAUGCGUGCGGGAUCAGGAGCAGGAAGAAGAGGCGGGCCGUGAUCGGCCUGAACAAGGUCGGGGUGGAGAUCAAGAAGGCGAAGCGCAGCAGCAGCGGCGGCAACGGCGGGUCCUUGAAGCGGCGGGUCUUGGCCUGGGGGAGGGAGGUGUUGAUGCAGAGACUGAGCGACGACAGGCAGAGGACCAAGCUCGGGGAGGUCGAGCAGGCCGCCGUGCUCCUCAUGGCCCUGUCGUACGGCUCCGUCUACGCCUAGAUUUCCAUCAAGAUUUUAGGAAUAAGGCGAGAGAAAGCAGAAAGCUGCUCAAGAUUCCAUCUUUCUUCUAGGGUUUUCCUUCUUUUCUUCUUCCUUCUUUUCUUCUUCCUUCUCCUCUUCUUCCGGGUGUCUGUCAGAAAUUUGUAGGUGCUGGGUGGAAACCGUCUGUUCUUUGUAAUCUUUGAUUUUAGAUCUGCUGAUGAUUGACUAACUGUUCUUGGGUUCUUGGGAGUAGUAGUAGUAGAUGAGGUCGGUGUGAGGUGUAACAUGUAGUAGUAGCAGAGGCAAAAAAGUAUUCUGUAAUGUGCUAACGAUUUUUAAUAUUGAUGUUCCUCCAUUUAAUUCCA